AUGGGUGUCAUCGGAAACUGGAGGGGUGGCGCUUCUUCAGUGGGUGCCGAUCGAGCACCCGGGAUAGAGCUGGGUGGGGAAGGUGGUGGUGGGGUGAUCCGGGUGAUUCGAUUGAUUGAUUGUGAUUCCAAGGCAAGAGAAAUGUGUCCCGGGAGCUUUAAUCAAAGUUACAAGGGAGAGGGGAGUGGAGGUUAUGUCAACUGGAGGGACACGGAACUUGAAGGAAAGAGCACAGGCACAGGAGGAGGAGGUGGUGGUGGUGGUGGUGGAGGGGAGGGUUUAGAACUUGGAUAG